AUGGUGCGAAUCUUAGCCAAUGGGGACAUUGUACAAGAUGAUGACCCUCGAGCCAGGGCUAGUGCCCCCUUUCGGAACAUCACUUCUCGGCAGAACUUUUUCACCAGAGGAGAAGGCCAACUUCAUGGGGGGCCUGCCCCAAACAUCCAUCACCUGGGGCCCAGGCCAGGUGCCCAUCGCUCCCCAUUCUCUGACAUCAACCAGCAGCUGGUGAACCUGGGCUUCCCUCUGUGGCACUUGGGGGACCAGGUGGUGGAGCCCGUGAUGUCCAUUCUUCUUCUGUUCUUGGUCAUGAUGCUGGGAGUUCGAGGGCUACUGCUGGUUGGCCUUGUCUACAUGGUCUCCCAGCUGAGCCUUCGAUGA